GCAGACGUGACUGCACACUCACCCCAGGUGGAGGCGCGGAGCAGGACCCUUUCCUUGCAGUUCCAUGCUCCUCCAGUGCUUUGUGUAAGCAGGGGCUCCUAACAUGGGCCACUGGAUGUUGUAUGGGCUUUGGGCAGCCUGUGAACACCUGCGUGGGCAUGUAAGUUGGCUGGAAGACUCCUUUUCUGGGCGGGUUCCAAACCUUGUGAUCUUUGAAGUGGAUUUCGUAGCUCAGCUUCCCUCCACAGAAGACCUCCCAGCUCACCCGGCACUGAUGAGACUGGCCCCCGCUUUCGGGAAACAUCAGCCUACUGGAUUUCUUCUGGUUCGAGCCACGCUGAUGGAGAACAGACAGCCUGGGCUCGAUUUAUCCCCUCCCUGGAAUGCUGCCUAUCUGCAGAAAGAGCUUCUUCAGAACUUGAAAUGCCAGCCUCACAACUCCAGGGACAGUGAUUUUAUCUCUUCUUUAGAGAGUGGCCAGCUCAUGAUGAACAGCAGCCUUCGAUAUCCAGAGACGUGCCUUGUUUCAUCUUCUCUGGUAGAUUCCGGGUACUUGUAUGGACCCAAGGACCUGGGCGGGGCCCACGUGGAGCUCUGCUGGUGCGGCUGGCACACAAUGGGCCUGGGAGACGGCAGCCAUGGAGAGCCAGUGCGCCUCCCUGGUGAUGGAGACCUCUGCUUCUGUGUCCUCGCACAGUCUCCCAUAGAGCAGGCCGUGGGGUGCCCUCCCCCAACGAGCCACAGUGUGUCCUGGCCAUGCUCAGCUGCUUGGGGAAGUGGCCGAGUGUGGCGGUGA